AUGGAUAUCUUAUCAAAUUCCACCAUUUCUGCGACCCCGGAUACCUUUCUAGGUAUCUAUGGUGAGUUGAGUAAAUAUAAUAUUCAUCUCAACAUAUUUGAACGCCUCUGGGCUAGUUGGUAUGCGUACAUGCAAAAUGAUGUCCUUGCCACUGGUAUCAUGAGUUUCGUUAUGCACGAAGUAUUUUAUUUCGGUCGAAGUCUUCCAUGGAUCAUCAUCGAUCAAAUUCAGUAUUUCAACAAGUACAAGAUUCAAGGGAACAAAAUACCUACCGCGGCAGAACAAUGGACAUGCACAAAGCUUGUCCUUCUCUCCCACUUCACCGUCGAACUUCCUCAAAUCUACCUCUUCCAUCCUAUGGCUAAAUACUUUGGAAUGGGUACUGACGUUCCUUUCCCAUCUCUCAUCACCAUCGCCUAUCAAGUCGCCAUCUUUUUCGUUCUUGAAGAUACCUGGCAUUACUGGAUGCAUCGCGCCAUGCACUUCGGAUGGCUCUACAAGAAAAUCCACAAGAUCCACCAUCAAUACUCUGCACCCUUUGGUCUCGCCGCCGAAUACGCAUCUCCUAUUGAAGUAAUGGUUCUCGGACUCGGAACUGUCGGAUCCCCUAUCCUCUGGGUGAUGCUCACCGGAAACUUACACAUCUUAACAAUGUAUAUCUGGAUCGUGUGCAGACUUUUCCAAGCAAUCGAUGCGCAUAGUGGAUAUGACUUCCCAUGGUCUCUACAUCAUUUCUUACCUUUCUGGGCCGGGGCCGAACAUCACGAUACUCAUCAUGAGAAAUUCAUUGGAAAUUACGCGAGUAGUUUCAGGUGGUGGGAUUACAUACUGGAUACCGAGAGUGGACCCGAGGCUGCCAAGAGGAGAAGAGAGAGAAAGGUAGAGAAGGAGGGAAAGAAGAUUCAGUAA